GAAUGUUGUCUCUUGAAAUGAAUAGUUUCAGUGGGUUCAUUCCUUCUUCUAUCUCUUGAAUCAAGAAUCUUGAAUUCUUGAAACUAGGUUACAACAAUUUGGAAGGAAAUAUUCCUAGAGGAAUAGCUACUGAUCUUCAGAAUUUGAGAUUGUUGAGCUUUGGAUUCAAUAAACUCAAUGGCUCAAAUGUGUUAUCUAUAUUCAACAUCUCAUUACUAGAAGAUUUGGAACUUGAAAAUUCUGGUUUAAGUGGUGAUCUUCCAUCUGAUUUGUGUCGUCGCCUUCCCAGAUUGCGAAAGCUUGAUCUUAAUUCUAAUAAGUUAAGUGGAAAGAUACCAAGAACCAUUUCUGAAUGCUCACAACUUCAAGUUUUAAAGUUGAUGGAAAAUAACUUAGAUGGAACAAUUCCAAGAGAACUAGGGAACUUACAGUUGCUGCAAGAUUUAAGUCUUGGAAAUAAUACGUUAGAAGGCACAAUUCCAUCUGAGAUUGGUCAUCUUUAUAACUUGAAGCUGUUAGUCAUGGAAAAAAAUAAAUUAAAGGGCUCGAUCCCUUUAACCAUAUUCAACCUUUCAUCACUUGAAUUUCUAUAUAUGAGUGGAAACAUGCUUGAAGGACCUUUACCAAGAGACAUUGGAAAUAUGACUAUGCUUACCGCACUUGAUCUUGGAAAUAAUCACUUGACAGGUGUAAUUCCAGAUGAACUUGGUAACCUUCAAGAGUUGGUGGACCUUUCAUUGUAUUUGAAUAACUUUAGUGGUUCUAUCCCAAUUGGUAUCUUCAAUAUUUCUACUCUUAUAUCUAUUUCACUAUCAGAUAACCACUUUUCAGGUAAUCUUCCUUCAACUAUAGGCCAUGGUUUACCUAAUAUUGAAGGAAUAUUUCUAGGUGAAAAACAAUAUUAAUGGUAUAUUACCAAAUUCCAUCUCAAAUUUUUCUAAGCUUACUGUUCUUGGACUUGGUGGAAAUGAACUCACAGGUUCAAUUCCUAAAUCUCUAGUAAACUUAAGACUUCUUGAAGUUCUCCACUUACAAAGCAACUUCUUUAUUGGUGAAACUUCAACACUGAGCUUUAUUACUCCUUUGAUAAACUUAGUAGAUUUGAGGUUAUCUUUCAAUCUCCUAAAUGCAGUUCUUCCAAAGUCUAUUGGCAAUCUUUCUCUUCAAUGGUUUUCGGCAAUAGGUUGUAAUCUCAAGGGUCAUAUUCCAAAUGAAAUUGGAAAUUUGAUAAAUUUAUUAUCUUUGGAGCUAGAAGACAAUGACUUUACUGGUGUUGUCCCGACAACGAUAAGUUCUUUGACAAACCUUCAACAACUUUCACUUGGUGUAAAUAGAAUAAAUGGUCCUUUUCCAAAUGGUUUGUGUGAGCUAUCUAGCUUGUUUUUUCUAAGACUUUCACA